UUUCUUUAUAUGUCUGUGGCCCAACUGAGUUCAGAUGGUUUGUCUGCAAGACUGCGUGGAUGUCUGUCUGUCUCUAUGAGAUGAGCUGGAGCCAUGAGGCUGGGUGGUUCCAAGUGGCUUUAAUCAGGGAGAAUGGAAAACUUCUGGCAGGAUAAGAACUGAAGGUUGGACUCCAUUCCUUUAUGAAGAGCUCUUCGCAGCACACUCUGCCUUUCAGACCCAUGACUUCUUGCUGGGCAUCACGGGGGAGUUCAGCAGCAGAAAUGGGAAGAACUUAAAUCGGUUGUGACAAAACACUCCCGUGUCCUUUUUAUGCUGAUGGAAAGUGGCUGCUGCGAAUGUUCCUGUGAUGUGGAAAAGGGCAAAGUGAGAGGGGUGAAGCGGUCAUGGUGUGUAGGCAGGUUCCCUCUUGCCAUAGGCUCUGUCGCCCUCGGCCCUUCCUUGUGGUGCUGGUGGUGGCUGUCUAUUACUACCUUUUCUACCAGACACUGACACCUAUUGGGACCAAAAGAUUCUUUUUGGCAGUUGUUAAUGGGAUUUCCCCAAACAAACUAGCAGAGCCGCAACCAGGGAGAUAUAAGGAGGUCUCUUCAAGGAACACUCGCUGCUUCCUUCUCUCCAGUAAUUCACAAACCGUGAAAAAGAUUGAAGACUCCAUUCUUAAGUACUUUGGGAGUCAUACAAGAAGAGCAAUUGUGUACAUUCCUCCUUCCCGAGGUAAAAAAGAACUUCAGCUUUAUCAGCACAUCCUAGCUCAAUACGGUUAUACAGUGGGAGUCCUUGAAGACCGAAAACUGAAUAUAGGCCUUGGACACGAGGACCACUACCAAGGCAAAUUAAGCUCUUGGGACCUUCUGAUUUGCUUAUCUUCCAGCAAAACUGAUGACACAGAUUGUAUUCCAAUAGAUGGCUUCAAUCAGUUAGAAUUGUUCCAAAAGGUAAAUACACUCCCAGAGAUUCAGCACUUGCUUUGCAGAAGAGAAGGAUUAUGCCAGAUAAUUAGAGCUUUUCCAGGACUGCACCUUCCAAUUGCUUUCCCUGGAUGUCUGGAUCAGCAUGUGUUGUCCAAGUCAAACAUAGCAAGCCACCCUUCUCAGCCUGCCAAGCGACUUGAAGGUGACGAAAGGACAGGUUUUGCGCAUCUGUGGUACCUUUGGAACCGGACCAAUGGCACAGAGCUGAAUUCUAUUUCAACUCAAGACCUUUCUGUCAUCAUCAAAGCGUAUGUGCUAGUGACAUCCAUAACACCUUUGCGAGCAUUCCUUCAUUCGACUGCCAUUGUCUGGCAUCCUCCCAAGAAGAAGCACUUUUCUGUAAAGCUACAAAGAUUUUUUGAGACAUUCUUCAAAUCAAGUUCCCCUCAGCAAGCCUUCGAUAAUAUGAAAGCAUCUAUAAGCAAACUCUUACUAGUAGCUGAGAUAUUUAGUGAAUCACCCGACAUGGGACCAAAGAACUUCAGUAGAUGCAGUCUGUGUUUUCAAAUGUUAACCUUUGACAUUGGCUUCAACACCUCCAUACAUCCAGUAGUUCUUGAGGUGCAUGAACACUUUGACUUUCAAGUUGAUGAUGACUUGAAUCUUGAGGACCAAACUGUAAAACGAUUCCUUCUGGAGGAUACUUUCAAGUUUCUCUUAUCUAAUACAUCUUCAACUUCCAGUUUCUUUGAGGCUUUACAGAACAUUUACAGAUUAGCUGUGAUUAAGGAUGAAAAUGACAAGAAGGAAUAUGAGCAAUGCCUGUCUUUAGAAGAGAUCAAUUCAAUGAUUAAUUUUAUAAAAGAACUGAAGAAUAUGGGACAAUAUGAGCUGCUUUUCCCAUCUUCUGCACCCAAGAUCCAAACUUUGUUGCAUGAUGUUUAUCACCUGGUAGACCCAAUGGGAAAGCUUGGGUCAUUCCUGACAGUACAUCGGUUUCUUUCCAAUUUACUUGAGCAGUUCCAGUUCAUGAAUAAAGAGGCACAUCCAAAUCUCUCAGGAUGGAAUUCUUUCCCAGAAAAAGAAGGUGUUAAACAAAGAGCUCCUUUCAACGUAGUGAAAAACCAGAAAGAGUUGCAUUUUUCCAAUGAGAUUAAAGAAAGGGAAUGCAGUCAUGAUAAAGAUACCCUGUCUCAUAUCAGGCAGAUCUUCACUAGCCCGCUUUUGGACUUGAACCCUACAUUUAAUCCAAAGAUCAAAGAGUACUACACUGAAGUGCCAUUUGAUGUUGUGACAGUGAAGAUUGGAGCAGAACCCUCUAACUGUCAAUGCCAUGUGCACCUUGAUGAGAGCAAAGGACCAAGUGUUGCUAACUACCCCCUGGGCCUGGGAAUUAAUAAAAUCACUAUUCUAGUAACUGAUAAAUCUCAAACUGACCCCGAGGUUGUGAGCAGCUAUAAAAUUACUGUCUAUCGAGAAGACCGCCCGAGUCUGCCUUUGUUUGAAGACUAUAUGAUGUGUGGUUUUGUGCAGGACUGUGGUUCACUAAUUCAGCCGGAGGAAUCUUGUGGAUUACAGCCUCUCUCCCCUGCGUACCUUUCAGCAAUUUCACAGACACAGUUUAAAACUUGUAAAGCUGGAGACACAAAAGGGCAGUGGAUUGUGCCUUGCCUCAGCUGUUCUGACAACAGAACCUGUGACUGGCGAGAAAUAACAUGGCAGCCACACAACUGUCAGUAUUCGGUCCUGACUAAGCCAGAGCUCCAGCAAUGUGUAGAAGGCAGAAAGGUUCUUUUCAUUGGAGAUUCAACUAAUAGAGGGAUAAUGUAUUAUCUGAUAGAAAGAGUGAAUGAGACCCUUCAGGAAUGGCAAAAGACUCAUGAUGUUAAAUUUUAUCGUAACAUAAAUCAUGGGAAAACAUUUAUCAGUUACUCCUACUACCCACAAUUUUGGAUCAAUGUAAAGAAGAGGCCAACAUUCGAAAAAGCACUAGAACAGCUGUUACAGAGAUCACAUCCCCUUGAGAACACAGACCAGACUGUAUUAGUUGUGGGUGGUGUUCAGUGGCUUAAUUCCAAUCACCUGCAAAUUAUUCAAACAGUGCUGAAGAGGGAAAACCUAUCAAAUAUCCUGGUAGUAAUAAAAUCCAUAGGAAUGGGCUUUCAUCUGCCAGUGGAUGGAAUACAUUCUUUAUCGCAGGCUGAAGUGCAAAAUUUAUGGAAUGAAAAUGUAGUUAUUCUGGAGACUGCAAAAAAGUAUGGCUAUGAAGUGGUUGAUACUUUCAUCAUUACAAUGGGACGUUACAAAGAAUUUCUGCAAGGGAAGUGUGGAUGUCAUUUCCAUGAGCUGGAAAUGUAGCCUUGAGGGCCUCUCCAUCCGCACAAGCAGAGGAUAAGGAAAAGGAAGCAGAAUGACAUGUUCCAAAAGAUCCUGCAAGCCUCUGGUGCACAGGGCUCAGAGGAUCACUCUCAUGAACAAAACCAACAGGAAUAAAGUGAAGGAGAGAAAAGCAAAGGAAAAGAAGAGAGGCAUGAAGUAGGAGAUUCUAGUGCUUCUCAAGCAGCAAACAGACAUGCCGGAGACUUUUGUUGACCUUUAGAUUCAGUAGUCUCAUGCUUGCCACCUUCUGUAGCCCAUAGUGAAUGGCAUUCCAAUACCUUCCUAUAGCCCCUGCAUUCCAUGUAGUGUCAGGGGCUAUGGCACUACACCCCAAAGGAGAGUACAGAAAAUCGCAGCCACACAUAUAUUGAUCUGUGAGAUACACUGUUGGUGAAUGUGUUUGUGAAAUGAAAAUGACUGUUCUUUCCCUCUAUUUAUAAAAUUUCACUCAGGGAGUUCUUUUCCUACCCAUGGUCCAGAAUUAGGAAGUUUGUCAGGUAUCCAAAAUUGCAUAUAACAGCCAGUGUGGGUAAGACAGUAGCGCAUAGGUUUGUCCCCUCAUUUCAGAGUGUCUCUAGUGAAAAGCCUAUACUGCUGCACACUUGCAUUCUGUCCAUAGGGUCGCUAGAACUGCUGGGAGGUUUGUGGAAGUGCUUCAUUUUAGAAUGGUGCAAAGCUCUGCUGUGUUCCCCCAACCAAGUGAAAAGUAAGAAAAUAGAUUUACUGUACUGCUGUUGUCAUUCCCCUGUACGUCCAAGGCUGUAUAGUGCAAAGUCCUCCUUCCACAGGGUCCUGUUCUGGGCUAGGCUUCCAUUUGCAAAGUCCAAGCUUUCCAGGAAGUUUGGGAUCAAGUUCCAUGAAUCAUGCUGCCAGCUGCUUCACUUCAGAGAACUUCCAGCUCAGACCAUGAUGCCAUGUUUCAUUAGCAAAGAGUAAAGCUGAAGCGAACAAGUGGAACUUUAUUGAACCCUGUGGACAGCUCUGUCCACGUGGCUAAGUUGCUUUCAGCCCAUCUUCCUGAGUCCCUGGUUUUUCUGAUGUCCCCUCAAUAACAAUAACUAUUUGAUCUGAGGAAGUGGGUCUGGC